CUCCAGUUUACGGGAGGCCGAACUACGGUACGGUUGUUUUGCGAACCGCGUUACGACUGCAAAAAUACGUAAAAAAAACUCGAACUCAAGCUGAAAAAAAAAAUCAACCCUACUAUCGGUGACAUAAAAUGUUUAAAACAAUGAGAAUUAAUUCAUUCAAAAUGUAUAUUUUAUAACAAUAUAAAUCAUCAGCAGUGCUUAUCGCUGUGCUUCGACCAACACAAUGACACGGACGCCAAUCGCAAACUCUUCGGCUGUCCUCAGCAGCUUCAGUGGUACCACUACCACGACCACCGCUAGCGCCUCCGGCAAUGUCAUCGCGGUGACCAAAUCCGCCAACGGGAACAAACGACCAACAAUUAUCAUUUAUCCUACAGUGACGCCCGAGUCGAUAGUGGUGCCGAUUGUAUCGUGUAUAUUUGGCUUUCCCUUGUUGGCGCUGACGGUUAUAUGUUGUUUGCGGCGAAGAGCAAAAUUGGCCAGGGAAAGGGCACGUCGGCGUAAUUGCGAAUUAGAUCGUGGCGAGCUGUCGGUGGUGAGACUUUCUCCAAUCAAGAGCAAACCUCGUGCAGUCAGCUUGAUCCGAUCACCACGACCUCCGCCCACUCUUGAACUGGAUACAGUGCUAGAAGAACGCUCUGACCCCGAGCAAACCACGAUGUCACAAGUUGAAAUCACACCAGACCGAGAAGUAGGAACAAUCCUGUUCAGCGCUAUGGGUGCGGUUGGCAGUGUGGCCGUGUCUGCGGCGGCCUGCGCCAGGGACAGCUAGCGGCGGGGCUCGGCGCAGCUCGGGGCUCGAUCGCCGCUCUGGGCUGCGCUCACGAGCCAACCCCUCGACGACGACGGUGAAGACGCCGCCGAGAACGAGGACAGCUAGCAGGCGGCCGACGAUCACUCGAUCGCUGAUAUCGGCGAGCGAAUGAAACUGUUCUUAGACAUUCCACUCAGAUUCUAAAGAUCUGUUGUAACAAUUGAUACUCGUAUAUUGUGUUGUGAACUAAGUUUCAAGUGACAUCAUUUCGACAAUUAAUUGAAAUAUUUUCUAUUGUUGUAACAUUCUUGUUAAUAACUGAAUGUGAAAAUGUUGCUAUAAUGCGAUUGUAAAUAACUUCAAAACUAAAGGUGUAACGAGAAUAACGAUAAAGAAACGAAUCGUUGUUUUAAAAAUACAUAAACGUUAUAGGCAGUAACAGUUGAAGAUAUAACGGAAAUCUCUGCAGGAGCAAGUAUAGGUACCUAUGCGUGUAUACUGUUAAAAGUUAUCUAAGAAUUGGAACUGAAGGAUUCUUUUGUAAUCUUCAUAAAUAAAGUUUGAUGAAUUGUAAGUUUGAUGAUCCUUUUAAAAAAAAAAUAUUUUUGUAAGUAUAAAAAACUUAAAUCUAAAUGCAUUUUCUUUAUUUGUUUUUUUUUAAUAUAGACUUACGUAUAUUGAAACAUAUAAAUGCAAGUUUAUUUCCGACCUAUCAAAACAUAAAGCCAAUACCUACAAAUUAAAAAAAAAUAUGAUGAAAGGAAUAAUAUUUUGCCACAGGGCGCCGUUAUUAUAAAGCCUUCCAUUGAAGUCCAAUUAUUUUUUCAAAGAAUUUUUCUCAAGUUGAAUUCGAAAUUCGUAAGUAGGUACGACUAUAUAUUCCUUUCUAUUCGAAAUCAUUGAAGCAAUUUAACUAAGGAAAUCAUAUUGAGCACAUUCUUAUGAAAUAAUCAAUUACUCAUAGAGAACCAGCCAACUAGCGGACUUGCCCCUGCUUCACAUAUUGUGUAAAAAUUAAACACCUACUUAAUUAUAAAAAAAAUAUCUUCCCCGAUGCUGCGACACUAUUUCAUACUGUUUAGGAAUUAAAAAAAAAUUCUAGUACCUAUUUUAUAGGCAAUACUAGGACCUGGAUUGCGGAAUGUAAAAGCUAAUUCUUAAUGUUAAAGCAAUUUUUUUAUAAGACCAAUGUUACAAAUUGUUAAUGUAAGCUAAUUUUACUAACGAAAAUAUUAACUUAAAAUAAAAACUGAAUGAAACGUUAUUAUUAAAAUUAUUUACACAAUAGAUUUUAAAUGCACGAAUUUGCUUCUAGGAGGUUCUAAACUAUGCUGGAAGUAAGCGAAUUAAUAAAACAUAAGUAGAAGUGUAUAAUCUAACUUAAUACUUAGCUGUAAUUUUCUACAAAUGACCUAAAUUAUCUACAGGCUGUUAGACUAGGUACUGGUAUUAACUGUAGGUUUUAAAGAGACCAAAAACAACUUCGACAUAUCUCUUUACAUUACUGUUAUAUUUCAUGAAGAAUAACACAUGUCAAUCACUCGAAGGUUUUCCUAUUUUUAAAUUAUAAUUAAUUUAGAUUCAUUAGUAGUUAAUGCCCACCAUGCACGCACCAUCAUGUAUUUGAACGUUGAUAUCAAAACCGUAGAAAGUUUCAACUCAAUCGACUGAAAGAUGCGUGAUCACAUAGUUAACGAACGAAUGAACGCACACACAAGAAGAAAGAAAAUGUCAAUACAUUUUUGUAAUAAUAUCCAUGCAUAUGCAAAUAAUAGGCAUUACUAAGAAAAUUACGAGUAGGUACGGUCUUCUCGUAAUUUGUGAUAUGUACUGUACAUAUCACACACGCAAACACCCGCAAUGUUGUAUAUGAUAUCAGAGCAUUCUCUAUACAAACGAAAUUUAAGUUCCUAUUACAAUACUAAGCAAUCCGACUCAAUAAAAUUCGAAGGCGGUUUUAAAAAUAAGUAAUGUCUGUGGUUCGUAAGAUUUCCAUGAAAAUAUGUAGUUUCAAAGUUCCACGGACUUAUGAAUUCUCAUACAAAUCUUAUUCCAAUAGGAAUCAAACUCCGUUUGUAUGAAGAACGCCCCGAAUACACUCCUCUUAAACUUAUAUUUUACAUAAUAGCUUUUGUGAAAUAGAAAAUAAUAAUGGUUGUUUUUGCGUAAUGAUCCGUCGAUUUCCCAUAUUUUCUUUUCAAUGUACAGGAUAAUUCCCAAAAUAACAUAUAUGUAUUAUUAUCUUCAUUAAAGAGAUAUGCCACAAUAUA